AUGGGACUUCGCCAGGUCCGACUGUCCCUAAGGUCGAGGCCUGACUCCUCGCGCACGACUCUCGUAUCCCCGAAGCUGAUCUCCCGAGAGGCGACCCCGGACGAGGACGUAGAAAGUCCUUCCGAAAUAGUUCGCGAUGUUUGGGACGAAGCCUACGUUCAACUCAAGACUGAUCCCGCCACUGCCGAUAUGAUCGCAGAUUAUGAACACGUUUUGGUCGCAGCCCUUCGUCCCAUCAGCCCGGAACACGCUCACGGAUUGGACCGAAAUCCUUCGCAUUGGAUAACGCAUUUGGAGGAGGUGUCUCGGCGCGCAUUGAUCGAGUCCCUCGUUACCCGCGGCUGCGAUGCCUUCGAACGAUCCUCAUACGGGCGCAAAAUGCUGUCCUUUGUCGCAUUGUCUAUCGAUAAGAUGAAAUCGACAAUUGAAAGCAUGGUCGAGAUCUGUCCGGCCUCGUCGACCGCGUGGCUGGCCGCUUGCUUGAUCAUUGCACCGACUAUCAUCAACAACGCUCGUCGGGUCGAUUCGCACCAACCGGGAAUUAACUAUGUGAUAUCUAGGAUGCCAUGGUACACUGAACUAACCAAGGUCCCAACGGUGAGCUCGUGGAAGACGCCAGAGCUUCAGGCGGCCGUAAACGCGAAGGUGGUCCACCUCUACAAACUCGUCAUUCGCUAUCUCCUUGCAAGCGCUCGUUUCUAUGAUCAUUCUUCCUAUCGCUUUGCCCCGAACUCGGCCAAAUGGGCCAGCUGGGAUGCCAUGGUUGUCGACAUCCAGGCCGCGGAAACAGAGCUCCAGGAGUGUAUACAGACCCAUAGCGGCAAGUCGCUGAAGCGUGCGCUCAACGAAGGUGUCCGACAGGGGGAACAUAUCAAGAACAUUAUCAGCGUCUUUUCGAUCGCUCAGCGGAGAGCCAACCUUAUGGACAAGAUCAUGCCAGACGCUGGCCUGUCUCACGCCGAUACGUAUCAGGAUUACGUGAAUCAAAUCGCCAACCCGCACAACAACACUGGCCAUGGCGUUUUAAGCCACCCGACGUUCACCAAAUGGAGCAACACUGAUAGUGGCCUGCUGGUCCUCACCGGUCAACCAGGGACGGGCAAGUCGGUCCUCGCCAAAUACCUCUUGACUGAGCUGCCCCGGGUGCGACCCAUGUCUCUAUGCUCCUUUUUCUUCAAGGACGGUGGGGAGCAGAACAACCUCAACACCGCCAUGUAUGAAGUCCUUAACAGCAUCUUGCGGCAGUGUUCCCAUUUAGACGAUGUGGAAGAAAAGGCGGAACAGGCCACUCGGCACAGCGUGCGACCUGAUUCUGAUCUCUUUUGGGAACUGGUCGAAAUCGCCAGCCGGGGAACUCCCCAUGGGCGGGUGACCGUUAUCCUGGAUGCUUUGGAUGAGUGCAAGAACGCGCAUCUGGCGACUGCGCUGAAACUUCUCAACGACUAUCAGUCACGGUUCCCUGAUUCUAGGGUUAAGUUUCUUCUCACGACUCGGCCUGUCCCUGACCUCCUCGAGUUACUCACAAACGGGACCGUUCUGAACCUUGACGAGGACGCCGAGUGUCGUGAGUCUAUCAUGGGCGAUAUCGCUCGAGUGGCACAGGACCGGGUGGAAUGUUUUGCCCGUGAGAGAUGUAUCCGCGAUGAUGGCACCAAGUCCAAAUUGCUCUCGCACCUAGAAGCCCACGACAACGCGAGCUACUUAUUUACCGAUCUCUUAUUCACCUAUCUCUAUUCCCUACCAGUUCGACCGGGAACAAAUUACUGGUCACGCACCUUUGAUCAGCUGCCUACAACCGUAUUCGAGAUCUACCGGGCCUUGCUGGACCAGAUCCACGAGAGCAACCGUGAUGAUGUGCGGAUCAUGCUAGAACUAGUGCUGGCCACGACGAAACCCCUCACCGUCCGGGAGAUGGCGAUUGCCCUGGCCCUUCAUAUCGACGACUGCACGAGCUGCGAUCGAGAGGACGAACUGGGCUUACCAGCAGAAGACUUUAAAGCCUGGCUUCGCGACACAUGUGGUCCAUUCUUUAACGUCUACAAUGAUCGUAUCUAUUUCGCCCAUCAGACAGUCCGGGACUAUCUCUUACCUGUCGGAGACCAGACCGAGAAGCCUGGGUGGUUGGAGCAGCUCUGUAUUGAAUCCUGCCACAAGACCAUGGCACACAGUUGUUUCGCUUACCAAUACCUUCCGUUCGUUACAAACAAUAAGUUUAUGGCGACCGAGGAGUAUGUUCAGGCGCCAUUUUACGCAAAGAGACAAUAUCAUCAGUGGUGCCGAGAAUCGUUUGCGUUUGCGGAACAUGCGUUUGCCAAGUGGGUGGUUCAUGUCAGGAAUGCUCAACAGCAAUACCGCGACACGGCAGAGCGGGAGGAGAGCGACGGCGAGGCUAUCCCAAAGAUACACGAUGAUUCGAGUCAGACGGAGGCAGGUUCCGACAAGAUGGAGGACCAGGCUAGCCAGCUGUCCGCAGAGCUGUCCAAACAGUCGUCUGGGCAACAGCCUGAAAACCAGUCUGAAGAGAUCAUGGAAGGAGGUGCAAGAGAGCAGACCGAAGAACAACUGAGGCAGCAGUGCACAGAGCCGCCCGCACAGCUGUCCGAACAGGAUUCUGAUAAGCAGUUUGAAGAAACAGUUGGAGAGCAGACGGAGGAAAAUACCGAAAAUGAUGGUGACGAGGAUGCCGGCCACGCUACGAAGGAAACUAGACAGCAUGCAGGGGAUGAAACAGAAGAUCACAACCCGGAACUGGCUGAUGAGCAGACAGAGAAGCAGACCGAAGGUCAUGCAGAAGAAGAGGUGUAUCAUACGCCGGACCAGACACCUGGACAGACAGAAGGCCAGCCAGACGUAGUGCCCACGGCAAAGGAUGAAAACGGGCAUCACCCACGUCUUCUCAUCGAUCAGGUCAAUGAGCUGUUUCCCGAGUUCCAGGCGGAACUGGCCCUCUCCUUGUUUUGCUGCUCCGGGAUGGCGUCGUCGUUCGACGUUCGGACCUUUGUCGAAAUGCUGCCACAGGAAUACCCUGCUCGCGACAGCAUCCUCACCGCGCUGAGUCAAAGUCUCAUGGCCCGAUACUGUCACUUGGGCGAUGGAGUCGAUCUGGAGUACGGCGCUGACCUAGCAGAGCAGGUCCUGAAGAGAACGCGACGUGGCCAUCCGCAAUUGACCCAAAGAUUGGCUACAUUUGAUCAGGGGUUGAACAUGCAAUUUUGGGAUGUGGUGGACCGUGACGUCCCCAUCACGGGAAAUGAAAUGCGUGAGGCCGACAAAGCUGUCACUGUUACUCCAACCGGCCAUCCUCGCCGCGCGGCUGUCUUGCAUCAGCGUGCUGCUGUCCUUGAAAGACAAUACCAACGCACCAAGGACGCCACGGCUAUCAGUCAGGCUAUCGAGGACAUCCUCAGCGUUGUGGAACUGGUCUCCCCGUCACCAUCGGCCAAACCACGCUAUUUGGACUAUCUUGCAAACUUGUUGGGACAGAGGUAUUUGGACGGCGGUGACGCUGCGGAUCUCGAUUUGGCUAUCAAGGCCGCUGAAGAAGCCGUGGCCACUGCCGAGUCAAUCAGUGCUGACGACGCCAAAAUCGUGGCGAUGCACCGAAGCACCCUCGCCUCUUGGUUAGGGGCCCGGUACAGGAUGACCAGAUUGCCGCGCGAUAUCGAUAGAGCCCUCGAGGCGAUCCGGAUAGCAUUGGACAUCACGUCCGCUGAUGAUCCCAGUCUACCGAUCUACCUUUGCAGUCACGCGCGACGACUCUAUGAACGAUACGAAGAGACCGGAGUACAAGAAGACCUCCACGAGGCUAUCAGGCUCUCGCAUCGCUCUGUGGAGCUUACUUCCGCGGAACAUCCACUCUAUCCAUUCCACAGUCUGUUUCAUCAAGUGCUGAGUACAGAAGAGUGCGAUUAG